UCGUUUACAUUUCAUAAAAAUCAAAGGAGUUUGUCGGAGCAAGAAAUGCAACAAUCGUAUCCGGGGCUAUGUUGAUAAGGAGCCUUCAUCUUCAAUAGAGGAGCUGGUAAUUCGGAUAAAGACUCGUGAUACUUCUGCAGAGACACAUGAGAAUGUAAAACGUCCACUCAACGGAAACAGGAGGAAACAGCUUGGGAAAGCUGCUGUAGCUGAAGGCAGUGCCAACAAUGUAAAGAAACGACUAGCAAGAGAACAUCUGAGAAGAGGAGAUACAGGUGGACCAAAUGAACCGUCCCUCGACGUGUUGCGCCAUGCUAAGAAAGAAGCCAUUGCCGAAGAACUUGGUACAAAUAGAGUUAAAAAUGAAGACAUGAUUCAGACUAUUGAAAGAAUGAAAUAUGAAAAAGAAUUCAUGGGAUCAAUCAUUGAUACUGGUUACUCUCUGUAUUUCACAUUUUAUGGUACAGCUGAGCAGAAGAGUGCUUACAAGCAAUACCGCUAUAUGCACAACAAAACGUCGAAGAUCUCUAUUGACUCCACCGGCAGUUUGGUGAGAAAAUUAAAACGUCCUUUGAAGCUGGAAUCUGCUCAUAUCUUUCUGUACACGAUAAUGAUCCACUUUAAUAAAUCCAGCAUCUCUGUUUUCCAAAUGCUAUCAGAGUCUCAAGAAAGUGAGAAAAUCGAAUUUUGGCUGAGGACUUGGCUUCGUACAGUAGAUUAUCAAAAGCCAAACGAGGUGGUCAUUGAUGGCUACGAAGCGUUGAGGAUAGCUUGUUGUAGAGCUCUAAAUGAUUUGCAUAUCAAGCAUUACAUAGCAAUAUGCUUUGAGGCGAUAUCAAAGGAUCAACACGUGCUCAGAAGCUUGGUAUCAACGUUCAUUCGUCUUGACACGUCCCAUUUUAUUCAAGUUUGGUGUCGAUUAAAGUGCUUGAAUAAUCAUCCUGUUCGCCAGGUUCGAGAUUUUUACAUUCGGCUCAUCGCAAUCAUGAUGGAUUGCCAGAAUUUUCAAGAUUUUAUCGAAGUUUUUAUGUUCACAUGUGUCGUGUCAUUUCAAGAAUUUGAUGACUCCAUUCUUAGUUUGAAAUCAACACAACAACGAGUCCAGUGCACUGAAGAAACCCGACUGAAAUUGCAAGAAAUGAUUAGAAAACGCCCCUUGGAUGUCGACGAAUUCCUGAAAAUUCUUGAGCCCCCAGAUAAUGAGCUAAUACCUCCAGAUGUUGAUCUGGGUGAAGAAGCCCCCGAUCUUGGCAUGUUUCUCAAAAAUUUGAAAGAUGAAGCACUAAAAACCCGCUCUAAAGGUUCUAUUCCAAAUUUCUAUCGUCUACCAGCAUUUGGCAAUAGACUGGUGGAAUAUGCGAGAAUAUUCCCCCUUUGGACUUCAGUUUGUCUUCCAUAUUAUGCUGAACAUGCUACAAGCAGCUACAAUGAACGUGGGUUUCGCGAAAUCAAACGGGAUGUGUAAGAAAUAUACAUUGCCUCAGGAUGUCGAUAACUUUCUUCGCAUUCAUCUUCGUCAUUUGAUUGGAGGAAGUAGGGACUUCUCUGGAGAACUUCUCGACUUUAGAGCUCAGGGUAAAAAAAUCACUGAACCCAAGAUGAAAGAAACCAGUGAAAAAGCCACUGGACACUGUGCACAUGAAGCAAAUCACAGUGAUUCAAUUUCACGAGCUGAAGAGAAUUGGCGGAAUAAAGGGACAAGCUACACUCGAUUUAAAUGCCGAGAUCUGAAGACAACAGAGUACUCUGUUGAAGAACCCGAGUCAUCAACAGAAGAAUGUGGGGAUGGAUCCAAUGAGUCCCACUCUGGUUCACGUGUCGACAUCGAAAGUAUCAACACAUCCACCUCCUCUAAUCUGCCAAUGUCCCCUCCUGCAUGCUCGAACUCACUGUUUAAUUCUUCAAACCCAGAAAACUCCACUACUCUAUCAACUCCCCCCGGGAAUUCAAGUAAUCAAUCUCCAGAUCAGGCCAUGAUGCGACAGACACCUGUUGAGAAACCUUCUCGGUCAAGGAAAAACCAGAAUGAGACACACGUGACAGCGCCACAUGGCGUUACCGAGGCUGACGAGACCUCCAAUGCACUUCAUGAGUCUAUCAAUAAUGAUGGUGGGUUCUAUGUACCUGAAACACCGUCUCCUGUUCUAAGCGGAUCUAAUGAUCGAGGACGUGAAGAAAAUCCGACGUAUUCGCGAGCCAAAAAACCUUCGAUUGCAAAAUUCUUCAUGUCAUGUCCAGAAGCUGUUGUGGAUCUCACGGCAAAUAAGGAGAAGAAUUCGCACGAAAUACCUUCGAAAGGUAGAACCAAGCGCCGGAAUUACUUAUUGAGGAAUGCGGUGCACUGUGGCACUUACAAGAUCGAUGGUAAGGUGUACUUCAUGAGGAGAACCUGUGCUUUCGAUUCCCUCGCAUCUAUUCUGCUGACAGCAGCUCUGGAUGACUGCCAUUAUCGAAGUUUCAUGGAGGGUGUCUACAAUGAAACUUUUUCAUUCAUAUUGAAAUUACGAGAAACAGGAGUCACAGCAGAUUUAUACAAAGAACGCUUCCUCUUACUUAAACCAUUUUAUGAGAGUACGGAAUCAGUGACUAGUGCAGAAAACCUGGCUUUCGUAACGUCUUAUGUGGCCACUGACAAUCCCACCGAUUUGUGGACAAAAUUGUUCGUGUCUUAUCCCAGUACCUUCCACACUUCUGUGUGCAAACUAAACAUUUGUUCAGGUGAUAGCGAACACAAUUAUUCGAUCCAGAUUGAUCAUUCAAUCAUCCGUCGUCAAGGAUACAAGGCCCUUCAGGCAGCUCUAGAGUUUCAGACUGUCAUCUGCGACAAAAAAUGUAGAUGUGGAUACUCUACUUACACUGAAACAGCACAGGGUAACAAUCAUAUUUAUGUAGAACUUGGGACAAGGAUUGACUACAAUUCAUCUCCGAUAAGCGUCCGCUUGAAUACUAUUCCAGCACAGCUGACUUUGGACACCACGUACAGACUCGUUGGUGUUAUCGUGAGCAUGAAGACCAUUUCACUGCUUUUUGUCGUCGAGCCUCAGGACACUGGCAAGAAUACGACGAUAUAAAAUCCUCUGUACGUGCAUGUAAACCUGAAGAACAAGUCCGACCCAUCAGUGCAAUUUAUAUUAAGAUUAUUUCUGUGAACAGAAAAUGAUGUACGAGAGCUCAGGAUGAGUGAAACUUCACAGGGAAAAGGUCUCAUCAUUAUUAUUUAAUCGAACAAUUCAUCGGAAAUAGCUGAUCUGUGAUCUUAUGAGCACUCCAAACACCCCCCUCCAAAGAUGCUUUGAUUGUCAUUAGCCCUCGAGACAACGCGAUUGCUUCAGGACAUCGACUACUUCCAAUUCCACUCCUCAAGUUCUCCAACCUGGGAGGAAAUAGCAAAGGACUUGGGUCAACGCUGGAACCACAACUGCUACACGAGCAUCAGAAAAAGAUCGUGAAAAUAGCUUGGGAGAACCAGGGGAUUUUCCUUCCGAAGGAGGGACACGAGGCCAAGACACUGAAGAUGCAAGCGAAGUUCGAAAAUCUUUAAAAAAUCAAGCGUUUUCCUUGGUGCAAAUACCAUGAGUAGAUUACAUGGUAUUUUACAACAGCAAUAUCAUUUGUGGUAUAUUUUGAAGUAUUUCUUUUUGUUUUCUUUUUUUGUUCAUAAAACAAUACUCUAUAUUGAAUGGAAUUACUAAUUGUUGAUCAGUCGUGAACUCCAAUGCUAAAAUAUUGAAGAUAAGGACAGGAAACACAAGAUUUUUUUUCAAGUAAUAUUGUUGUCAAUCACGUCAGAAUUUCAAAUUUAUUGGCGUUCAUUUUCAGUCCUUGCAAAUAUCAAUUUUUAAUCAAAGUUUGUUCAUUCACCUUUCCUUUCAAAGUAAAUCAAAUUACCUUGGGGUAGAGCAUUGUAAUGCUGGAAAUUACAUUAGAAUAUGUCUGGAGUGAAAAUGCCACGAGAAUAUGUUGUCAUUACAAUUUAUUAUUCAUGUGAGUUAAUUUCUACCACUUUCCAAUGACAAGUUUUUUGUAAACUAAAAUUGGAUUUUUACACGAAUUUUACGCGAUUAUGAUUUUUAAUGUCCUCAGCUGGAUACAAGCACUUGGUAAGGAGGCUCCAAUAUCUGAAAAAGUAUUAAUUUUUGGUCUCAUCCUGAAUAAUUUCAUGAAAAGGGUAAUUUGAGUAAUUAAUUAUUAUGUUUAUUAGUACCUAUUAUAAAUAUAGUGCAGUGUUCUGAUAGAGAAAGGUCUCUUUAAGGAAGCCACGAAAAAUAGCAGGCUCAUAGAUCAUAGUGCUUUUACCAUAAUCUGCGCUAAUUUCCAAGGUGUUGCACCAAUCAGCGAAGGAUACGAGAUGUUAUUUCGUUGACCUAGAGAACAAAAAAUAGGAAAAUGAAAUUUUCAAUACGCGAAUGUUGAAUCACAGAAUUAUGAAGUAAACUGAAUAAUUGGUUAUUUGUGGGACAAAUAACAAUAGACGUGUUGAAUAGAAAUGUCAAUAGACGUUUCUUUGUCGAAAAGGACCUCUAUGAAAGGAUUUUUGACAUUCUCUUUUAAAACUAUUCAUGAUACUCUCACUUCUACUGAACCUGGCCAGGUUUUUCCUUGUCCUUCAAAUGUCAAGACACAUUUUUUAUAUGAAAUUUUUCCAACUAUGAUUGUAUAGAAUUGUUAUUUGAAAUGUCAGUGAAGCUAUGAUUGUAAAGAAUUGUUAUUUAAAAUGUCAGUAAAUUCGUUCUGCAAUUAUGUACGUUGGAUCCGUCGGGCCAUGUGAUGCUGUUGAGUAGGAAUGUUUUGUAGACGAAUGGAAGCAUGAGAAAGCGAGUUUAAUCGUCGUUACUUCGUCAAGUUUGAAUUUUAUUAGUUUAGCCAUGAAUACUGCUAAAGUGCCAAACACUGUUAAGCAUCUAAUGACACGAAAAUUGAUUUUAGUAUUAAUUCAUUAUCUCGUCGCAUUAAUUCAACUCUUUUGUUUCAUAUUUACGUACUGAAAGUGAAAUACUGAGCUCAUUUCCAUAAUUCUAUUGCUGAUUUUUCUGCAAGCAAUGAAAGUAUCUUAUUAGUUACGAUUUGAUACUCAGUAAAUAUCAAAACGACAUGAGUUGAUAUGACUUAAUUUUUUGUUGAAUAUUCUCAGAAUGUGAGAGAUACUAAAAUGGUUGAUAUCUUUUUUGUAGGCAUGAAAUGUGAAACAAUGAUCUCAGUAUAUUUUUUAGAAUUUAUCAAAAAGGAAAUAAAGGUUUGAUUCUUAGAUACAUCUCACUCAUUUUCUGUAAUUAAUUCUUAAUUCAGAUGAAUCUCUUCUCGAAUUUUAGAAAUGAACGACUAUAAAAUUCAACGGGGUAACUUUUCGAAUUCAGUUUAUUGCUAAUUUUCAGACUCCUUUCUAAUUUUUUUAAAUGUAUCACCUAAUUUCAAUGAUGGAAAUCUUUGAUACUUUCUCUUUUCACUUGCCUGACUUUUCAUUUUUCAUUCGACUAUCAUUUUCGACAAGUAAAAAUUUAUAGAUUUCAAUAAGGAGCUCAUCUUGAUAGAUCUACAUCUGAUCUGCCCUGAUGAAAAAAGUUGUUUGACCAAUGUUUCUCGACUUCUAUUAGUAAACUGAAGACUCAACAAUUUUUGAGAGUAGAAUAUCUACGCUGACAAAGUAAAGAACUUUCGAUAUGAAAUUCUUUACUUCUUUCAUGAGAAGAAAUCUAUUCUAGUUGAAUCAAUUAGGUCAACAAUUUCUUCGUAUCAAAUUCAAAAUAUUUGACUACAAAGAUGUAACAACAAAAAUUAUUGACGAAAGUUUCUUUCCUCUCAACACCAGGCCCUUAGUUCAGAAACUUUUUAGCCAUGAGUUUCGAACAUGAUCAAAGAUGUACUUGUCAAAGGAAUAAAAAAAUUUUUUCACAGACUA